CCGGGGUCAGAGGUGACGGCGGGGCCGGAAGCGGCGCCCGGCGGGACCCGGACCCGGCACCGGGAGGUGACGCUGCCGUGGCCGAUGUCCCCGGAGCCGAGCCCGGAGGAUGAGCAAACCCACGGAGCUGCAGCACGACCUGGAACGAAGCCUCCCAGCCAUUGCCUCCAUCAGCUCCUCCUUCUCCCAGAGCCAGGGCUUCUCCCCGUAUUUCUUCUCCCCUGAGAAGAGAAAAGCCAUCUCAGAUGUGAGGAGGACAUUCUGCCUCUUUGUCACCUUCGACCUGCUCUUCAUCUCCCUGCUGUGGAUCAUCGAGCUGAAUACCAAGGUGGGCAUCAAGGACAACCUGAAGGAUGAAAUCAUCAACUACAAAUUCAAGACCUCGUUCUUUGAUAUCUUUCUCUUGGCUCUGUUUCGUUUCGUUGUGCUGCUCCUGGGCUACGCCGUCGUCCGUCUGCGCCACUGGUGGGUCAUCGCGGUCACUACACUGGUAUCCAGUGCCUUCCUGAUUGUGAAGGUCAUCCUCUCCGAGCUUCUGACCAAAGGGGCUUUUGGGUAUUUGCUUCCCAUCGUCUCAUUUGUCAUUGCUUGGCUGGAGACUUGGUUCCUGGAUUUUAAAGUCCUAACUCAGGAAGCAGAAGAGGAACGAUGGUUCCUGGCAGCCCAGGCUGCAGCCUCGAGGCCACUGCUGUACCCCCGAGCCCUCUCCGAGGGACAGUUCUACUCCCCACCCGAGUCCUUUGCAGGCUCAGACAACGAGUCUGAUGAGGAAGGUGUGGGGAGGAAGGCCUUGACAACUCAGGAAAAGGAGUAUGUCCGACAAGGCAAAGAGGCCAUGGAGGUUGUGGACCAAAUCCUCGCCCAGGAGGAGAACUGGAAGUUUGAGAAAAACAAUGACUUUGGUGAUGUUGUUUACACUUUUGAAAUCCCUUUCCACGGCAAGACCUUUAUUUUAAAGGCUUUCCUGCAGUGCUCUCCUGAAAUGGUUUACCAGGAGGUGAUUCUGCAGCCCGAGAAGAUGAUCCUGUGGAACAGAACAGUGGCAGCUUGCCAGAUCUUGCAGCGGGUUGAGGACAACACGAUCGUCUCGUACGACGUGGCGGCCGGAGCUGCCGGCGGGGUGGUGUCCCCAAGGGAUUUCGUGAACGUGCGUCGGAUCGAGAGGAGGAGGGACAGGUACGUUUCCUCAGGGAUGUCGACCACGCACAGCCUGAAGCCUCCGCUCUCCAAGUACGUCAGGGGUGAGAAUGGACCUGGAGGAUUCAUCGUCCUGAAAUGUCCUGGCAAUGCCAAGGUCUGCACCUUCAUCUGGAUUCUGAACACGGAUCUGAAGGGUCGCCUCCCCAGGUACCUGAUCCACCAGAGCCUGGCUGCCACCAUGUUCGAGUUCGCCUUCCACCUGCGGCAGCGCGUGGCCGAGCUCUGCUCCAAGCCCUGAGGACAUUCCAGUGCCCUCUCUGCUCUGUGGGGACAGGGACAGGACCCUUCACCCCCUCAGGGGGUGCCUCAGCUCUUCCUCCCACCUCAGCUGCCCCAAAUGGGGGCUUGGACCCGACUGUUCUGUGCCAAAUUCCUGUCACUGCCCCCCAGCUCCGUGAGGAACAGGGGACAGAGGUGGUGGCCUGUGCCAGGCUGUGCCCCCCCAAACCUCCCCCUCCCUCCCAAACCUGCAGCUCCAGCGUGGGAUUUGCCUUAAGCAGAGACUUUGAUCCUUUUUGGGGGUGCAGGGAGGGGUGUUGGGGGUGGGG